CCCAACACAAACGCCCAAAAUAACAAAUGCUCAACUCCGCAGAAGCGUGCAGAAUACGCGCUCUAUCUGUCUCUCUCUCUCUGGAUCGAUCGAAAGAUCCAUUUUUGACCUCCACAUAACCUUCGUUCAAAUUUCCCAAACCCUCCCAAAAUGGACCCACCCUCUUCGUCUCAAACGGCCAGCGCUACCGCCUCGGACGAGUGGGAGCUCUACAACGACGACGGUUUCAUCUACAAACGCAAGAAACGCCCCCGCUUUCUCACCGAACCAGCGCCGUUGCCGGCGGAUCCCGAGGAAGAAGAGAAACGAAGGAGAGAGUGGAAGAGGAAAAAUCUUCUCAGAGUGAGGGAGAAGUACAAGAGAGAGAUCAAGGAGUGGGAGAUUUUGUCGAACACUUUGAAGGCAAUGCAAGAGAAGGCUUUAGAGUUUCAAGUUCAACAGCAAGAAAGAAGGAAAUUGAGGGAGACAGAAGAGAAGCAGAGGACGGAGUCGUCUUCAGGGUCGGAGAAGAAAGAUAAGGAUAAGAAGGAGAACGCUUCCGGCUCUUUGGUUGAUGAGCUUCUUUUGCAGGUAGAAGCUCAAGAUAUGAUAAUUCGUGAUGUUUCGAAUUUGUGUGACAUAGCAGAAGCAAUGUGUAAUGCACAAGAGGAGCAAUUGAAGCUAUCUUAUUUUGAUCUUCCUAUUUGGGCAUCGCCACGUGACCUAAUGGCAUCACUUUGUGACGAGUAAGUAUUUUUUACGAUAGGUGUAUGUUGUUGGCGCUAAUAUGAAGGAAUUUAACCUGGGGUGUGGUUCUGCACUGCUGUAAUUUAUGUAACUUGUAAUGGUGAUAGGAUAGUAAUGCUCCAAAAAGGCCUCAUUGUAGUAUGAUGUUGUGUAAAAUUCUGCAUUUCCAAGUAUAGUUGAAAUUUUAUUUAGUUUAUUUUUGUGUAGUUAUUGUGUAAGUUAAUAGGUAGUGUUGUGGAACUGACCAUUUGAUGAAGUGGAAAUUUGCAUUGCCCUGA